AGCUGCUGCCGCCGCGGGGCGGACGGGUGGACGCGGGGAGCUUGGGGCGGCGCAGCGGGGCCGGCGGGGCGCUGUGGGGCUGACCGGCCCCGAUGAGGCGGAAGGAGAAGCGGCUUCUGCAGGCGGUGGCGCUGGUGCUGGCGGCCCUGGUCCUCCUGCCCAACGUGGGGCUCUGGGCGCUGUACCGCGAGCGGCAGCCCGACGGCACCCCUGGGGGAGCAGGGGCGGCAGUGGCCCCGGCGGCCGGACAGGGCUCACACAGUCGGCAGCAGAAGAUCCUUUCCUUGGGUGGUAGGCAGAAGCUGAAGGACUGGCACGACAAGGAGGCCAUCAGAAGGGAUGCCCAACGCGUAGGAAAUGGAGAACAAGGAAGACCUUAUCCCAUGACUGAUGCUGACAGAGUGGACCAGGCAUACCGAGAAAAUGGAUUUAACAUCUACGUCAGUGAUAAAAUCUCCCUGAAUCGCUCUCUUCCUGACAUCCGACACCCAAACUGCAACAGCAAACGCUACCUGGAGACACUCCCCAACACGAGCAUCAUCAUCCCUUUCCACAAUGAGGGCUGGUCCUCCCUACUCCGCACCGUGCACAGCGUGCUGAACCGCUCACCCCCUGAGCUGGUCGCAGAGAUCGUACUGGUGGAUGACUUCAGUGAUCGAGAGCACCUCAAGAAGCCACUUGAAGACUACAUGGCCCUUUUCCCCAGUGUGAGAAUUCUCCGUACCAAGAAACGGGAAGGUCUAAUAAGAACCCGGAUGCUGGGAGCCUCGGCAGCAACUGGGGAUGUCAUCACGUUCUUAGACUCGCACUGUGAAGCCAAUGUCAACUGGCUGCCCCCCUUGCUUGACCGCAUUGCUCGGAACCGCAAGACCAUCGUAUGCCCAAUGAUUGAUGUGAUUGAUCAUGAUGACUUCCGGUAUGAGACGCAGGCAGGGGAUGCCAUGCGGGGCGCCUUUGACUGGGAGAUGUACUACAAACGGAUCCCAAUCCCUCCAGAACUGCAGAAAGCUGACCCCAGUGACCCAUUUGAGUCUCCUGUGAUGGCUGGUGGACUGUUCGCAGUGGAUCGGAAGUGGUUCUGGGAGCUGGGCGGGUAUGACCCCGGCUUGGAGAUUUGGGGAGGGGAGCAGUAUGAAAUCUCAUUCAAGGUGUGGAUGUGUGGGGGCCGCAUGGAGGACAUUCCCUGCUCCAGGGUGGGCCAUAUCUACAGGAAGUACGUGCCCUACAAGGUCCCUGCUGGAGUCAGCCUGGCCCGGAACCUUAAGCGAGUGGCAGAGGUGUGGAUGGAUGAGUAUGCUGAGUACAUUUACCAGCGCCGGCCUGAAUACCGCCACCUCUCCGCUGGGGAUGUAGCUGCCCAGAAGAAGCUCCGCAGCUCACUUAACUGCAAGAGUUUCAAGUGGUUUAUGACCAAGAUCGCCUGGGACCUGCCCAAGUUCUACCCACCCGUGGAGCCUCCAGCAGCGGCCUGGGGGGAGAUCCGCAAUAUGGGCACAGGGCUGUGCGCAGACACAAAGCACGGGGCCCUGGGCUCCCCACUGAGGCUAGAGAGCUGUGUGCGGGGCCGUGGGGAGGCUGCCUGGAACAACAUGCAGGUGUUCACCUUCACCUGGAGGGAAGACAUUCGGCCUGGAGACCCCCAACAUACCAAGAAAUUCUGCUUUGACGCCAUCUCCCACACCAGCCCAGUCACCCUCUAUGACUGCCAUAGCAUGAAGGGCAACCAGCUGUGGAAAUAUCGGAAAGACAAGACCCUGUACCACCCUGUCAGUGGCAGUUGCAUGGACUGUAGUGAAAGUGACCACAGGAUCUUCAUGAAUACCUGCAACCCCUCCUCUCUCACCCAGCAAUGGCUGUUUGAACACACCAACGCAACAGUCUUGGAAAAGUUCAAUCGAAACUGA